AUGGUCCCAUUGCCAGUGCCCGAGCUCCCGGCGGAGUCCGAGUACAUAAACGAGGAACACCUAGAUGAGGAGUAUUUGCACGAUAAUGGCGCUGGCGAAGAGCUAGUGAAUGGGACGGGUGGCGCAGUGGAUCAGGCUGAGCAGGGACAAGAGCAACCGCCGGAAGAACCGGAACCGCAACCGCAACAUCCCAACAACGUCCCAUCCUGCAGCUACAUGGAGCCAACUAUCGAAGCAACGAUCGAACCCACGUCAAACACAGAUAAUUCACGCAAAGGUAAACCCGGACAAUACGAAAUCAAGGGCCUCUAUCAUCAGCAGAGGAUGGAAGAUUAUUUGUUUAAACUGUACAGCAAUCACAUGCUGACGGACGUUACACUCAUCGCAUGUCACGACGGCGACACCGUUAUGAUGCCAGCCCAUCGGUUCAUCUUGGCUAACCUGAGCUCGUAUUUUUCGACCAUAUUCGAAAAGCUAACACCGACAACAUUGGCGGGUUCGUUGGCCAUCAUGUUGCCAUUGGAUAUUUCACCGACUUCGAUGCAAAUGCUGCUGCAGUACAUGUACACCGGAAAAGUGUGCCUUGGGAGCGAUAUCCUUGAUGAAGUAUGGCGCUGCGGAACCCUGCUCAAAAUUCAAGGGUUCUGGAGCGAAAGUCGCGGUGAGCCGAAGAAACGUCCAAAACCGGGGAACAGGGCCCAGACUGAGGGCAUGCGGAAGGAGGAAAGGCAACAACAAGAACAAAACCAAGAUCCCGAGGAAGAGCAAGAGCCCGAGGAAGAGCAAGAGCCCGAGGAAGAGCAAGAACCAAUACUGGAAACACAAGAAUCGUCGGUACGGGGAUCGGAGUCACGUGGCGAAGCCAAGCGGCGAAAUACUUACGAAGCAGUGCAUCUGGAAGGAUCGCCACCUAGAAAAAAGCGGCCCCGGCCCCCUGUCAUUGAGGAUACGUUUAGUGAUUUAGAAAUGAUGGAAGUAUCCUCGACAAUUGGCAGAGACCUCCUGAUGUCCAAUUCAGAUGACGAUGAAGACGACUCUCCAACGAUGUCGCAUGAUGAUCGUGAUGAAUCGGACGAGGACGCUGGCAACUCAUCUCGCGGGCAACUACACACAAACUCACACCACGAAGACAAAUACUACGGUUACGACAAGUACUUUGGCUACGACGAGGACUCCGAUGACUCCUGCGACGAAGACGAGGACUCCGGUGACGAUGAAAAUGAGGACUCCGGCGACGAUGAAAAUGAGUCUUCGAGUCAUUCUACGAAUGACUUCUACGAAAAUGAUUUCGACGAGGUAGAAGAGCAGGGGGAGGAGGAGGACAGAAGGGGGAAACAAAAUGACGUCGUCGAUCCUGGCCAAAAGGGUAAGGGUAAUGUAAUGGGGAGCGGUGGCAAUGUGACCCAGAAUGAUCCCGAUGGAAGUAUCGCGGAUGAUGACAACGAGGAACAAGGGUUAAUCAUCAGCAAUGAAGAUCAAAAUGAGCAGCCCAUGGAACCGAUCAGAAAUGGAGUCAACAAGCCAGAAUCUCUACCGCCUAACCCGUCCUUUGUGAAACUCGAACCGGCAGAACUGGAUCCAGUAAGAGCACUACCGCUGGAGGAACAAACGAUACGCGGCGAGAGGGAGCUGAGCGAACCGGAUGCAGCAGUCUUGGAAGCGGCCACAACACUCUUCAAUGCCCAAACUACCAUCAGACAGUGGACCCAUCGAAACGGUUACGAAACCCCCGAAAGCAUCGCUGAAGGGGAGCCACAUAGAAUCGAAGCAAAUCACGAUAUGUCCCGGCUGGAGGAGCACACUAUUUCACACACCACCAACACGUCCUGGACAUGUAAGCUGUGCAGUUUUCGGUUUACUGCGGCGGACAUUUGGAUCCAGCACGUAGUGCAGGUCCACGGCAACGACACAAACAUUCUCUGCCGCAAAAAAAUCGAAAAGCGCCGGGUGGUCACCAUGCUGGAGUGUGACCUGUGCAAACUGGGGCUUAACACUGAGUAUGACUGGGUGCGUCAUAUUCUAACCAGGCACACGGAGCUGUACCCGCACCUCUAUAUGGAACAGUUUGCGUCU